AUGCUCCUCACUCCCCCCGCAGAUUGGCUCACCAGCCCGCCAAAUUUCACCGUCGAGGACCCACUUCAGGAUACUAUUCUUAUUUUCUACGCUUCUAUCGAUCCCAACACAGGCGUAAUGUGGUGUCCAGACUGCCGCAAGGUCAAGUCGACCAUUGACUGGCUUUUUGCCGGCGAGGACAAGCCACCUGCAUAUGUCAUUUACGUCGGCUCAAAAGCCGAGUGGAAGCUCCCUGCACAGAACCAUUAUCGCACCGAUUGGAAGGUUGAUGGUGUUCCGACCAUGCUCAGAUUCAAGAAUGGCAAAGAGGUCGCUCGUCUUGUCGAAGAUGAGAUCCUCGACUCGACCGCCUUGGGCCAGUUCUUCCUCGCAUGA